AAUAAUACUUUAUUAAUAGGCCAUUAAUAGACAUUCUUCUGUACAUACUGAAUACUGUUUAAUCAUUUAAAUGGAUGUUUAUUUGUGGAAUGCAUGUAUAUAUGUAUAUAUUAAUACGCUUGUAUAUAUUAAUACAACUAAGAGUCAACUCACACAGUUCUAAUCGCACAAAUCUAAAUUAGCCAAACUUCGAACCUCUUCAUUUCAAGUGAUCCUUCGAGCCAGAUCGGCGAAUCACAGCAGAGAGAUGACAUCCCACCCUGAGCCAGAUCCUCCUGUUGUCCGACCUAGACAACAAAUAAGGCUACCUGCACAUCUUGCAGAUUAUCAAGUUCCUGGAUCAGGCUAGGUGAAGAGAGUAUUAGCACCUGCCUGUCUGAAUGAAGCUGAAAUGGAGGAAGCUCUGCCCAUGCCAGAGAAUGCAUCGCGAUCAUCCUCUCCAAAGAGCCAGCCAGAUGCCAGAUGAAUGGCAAGAGACAUUUGAGGAUAUGCUACCAGACCAGGAGGAGCUUCACUUUCAAGCUCAACAGUUGUCUGACAUUAAGUCUAUGUGGCACAAGAUGAAAAGAGACAGUGAUGAGUUUCACAGCCACAUCCUACCUGAGAUCCUGUCUGCAUUACAAGGGCUCAAGGCAGAGAAUGCUGAGUUAAAGCAGGAGAUCCAGCAGAUAGCCACAGGUAGAGAGACUCCUUGUCGAUCACUGACACCAGUGCCAGCCCCCCACAUUAAUAAUGUGCCAACACUCAUGCGUCCACUGGUCACCCAGAGAAAGCCUGCAGCAUAUUCAGAUAAUGUUCCUCAAUACACAUCUGUCCAGAGUGAGCAGCUGACAAGGCAGAUGAGGGACCUCACGCUUUCACACAGGUCAGAGCAGAUGUGUGUUAACGAGAGGUCCUAUGCAUACUCACCACAGCCUGUUGAAGCCAUACAUUAUGACGACAAGACUCCUCAAUCCAGACAUGGGCUUUAUCCAGGUGAAAGAGAGUUUCAUUUACAACAAUGACCUGAGGCUACACCUAGAGCUGAGAUGUUACAUGUUCAAGAGAAGAUAUACAGAGGACCUAAACCUAACAUACCCAGCCUGACAGCAGCUGACCCCAGUCAGUUUUCAAGACCGCGGAUGGCACUGGAGAACCUCCUGCUGGAAGAUGCAAGUGAGCGUUUCAAAUAUCAUAUCCUGACUGAUCAUUUAAAGCUUGUAGAGGCACUCUUGGUAGCAGACUCCUACUGUAAUUCCACGAGACCCUACACAGACACCAUGCAAGCUCUUAUGAAGAUGUAUGGACAACCUCACAAGCUUGUUCUGCAGAACAUCACUGAAGUGCUGGAAGGACCCAACAUCAGGCCAGGAGAUGUUAGAGCAUUCAAGCUAUUUGCCCUCCAUGUGCGCUCAUUAGCAGUACCAGUGCUGAAUCUGAACCCAAAGAGAACUCCUGCUUUGUGAGUACCACGAAAGACAUCUUGUAUGUGGACCAUUCUGUCAGCAGCCGCAGAGUCCUUCUGAAAGUGAGUAAAGUAAUAAUUACAAAUGGGGAUGCCUCAAUGGAGACAUAUGCUGUGCUGGAUGAUGGGUCAGAAAGGACUAUUCUUCUCCAUGCUGCAGCUCAGCAGCUAAACCUCAAAGGACAGCCAGAAGACUCGAUGUUGUGAACGGUCAGACAAGAUUAGCAGGUGCUUCAUGGGGCGGCUGUGUCUUUCACAGUGUUUCCUGUGUCUAAUCCUCACAAGAAAUUCUUCAUCAGAGGUGCAUUCACAGUCGAGAGACUGGGCCUUGCUGAACAUACCUACCCAGUUGCAUCCAUACAAAAGAGGUAUCGACACCUAACUGGUCUCCCACUGCAGCAGAUGGAUAAAGUGCAACCCGUGCUGUUGAUUGGUUCAGACCACCCGCAUCUUAUCACACCUGUUGAACCUGUCCUGUUAGGCCCACCAGGUGGACCUGCAGCAGUUAAGACCCAUCUGGGAUAGGCUCUUCAAGGCCCCACGAAUGAGAUUAAACAUGGGAUCAGGGCUCACCAAUGCUUCUUCACAUCUAUCCUUCCCAACGCAGACCUGUUUGCUCACGUUGAGAGACUGGCAGAUGGAUGUGAUUCCCUACCGCAGUGACAAGGUAGUGAUAAGAUCCAAACUAGAUCAAGAAGCCGUCAGAGUCCUUCAGUUGAAAACCAUGUGUGUGGAAGUAGAAGGGACAAUGCGGUAUGCCACACCACUACUUUUUAUGCAGAGUAUGCCACACUUGUCCAUGCCCAAGGAGGCUGUUCUCCCUCGGCUUAGGAGUGUCGAGAGGAGAUUGCUUAAGGAGCCAGAUCAGGCUUCCGCCUAUCAGGCCGAGAUCACUAGACUGAAGGGAGCUGGUUAUGUAGCCAAACUGGACCCGAGAGAGAUGGAGAGCUCCACAGAAUCAUGGUACAUCCCCCACCAUAUGGUGCAGCAUAAUGACAAGAACCGGGUCAUCUGUAACUGCUCCUUUUAAUAUGAAUGCCACAGCCUUAAUGAGUUCCUCCUACCAGGACCCACACUAGGCUCAUUACUACUAGCGGUUCUGCUCCAUUUCUGGGAACACCCUGUGGCCAUAAGCAGCGAUAUUCGUGGUAUGUUUCACCAGGUGAGGCUGCUUCCUGAUGACAUGCCAUUGCUCCAAUUCCUGUGGCGAGACUUGAAGCCUUGAAACAAACCCCGACAUGUACCAGUGGCAGGUGCUCCGCUCUGGCACCACGUGCAGUCCCUGCUGUGAUACAUAUACCUGCAGAGGCAUGUCAUAGAUCACAACCAAUGUUUAACAGGAAGCCAAUGCAGUGUUGACAGAACUGGCUAAUAUGGUCAUACUUCCUAGUUCUAGUAAGAACUCUAGCUGCUGCAUUUUGUACGAGCUGUAGUUUGUUUAACAGGCGAGCGGAACAACCACCCAGUAGAGCGUUACAGUAAUCUAGCCUUGAGGUCAUGAACGCAUGAACUAACUGUUCUGCAUUUGUCAUUGAGAGCAUAUGUCGUAGUUUAGAUAUAUUUUUAAGAUGGAAGAAUGCGGUUUUACAGAUGCUAGAAACAUGGCCUUCAAAUGAAAGAUUGGUAUCAAAGAGCACACCCAGGUUCCUAACUGACGACGAAGACUUAACAGAGCAGCCAUCAAGUGUUAGAGAGUAUUCUAGGUUAUUACGUGAAGAAGUUUUUGGUCCAAAAAUUAGAAUCUCUGUUUUUUCUGAAUUUAGAAGUAGGAAAUUACUGGUCAUCCAAUUUUUUAUAUCAGCUAUGCAUUCCGUUAAUUUUGUGAAUUGGUAAGUUUCGUCAGGGCGCGAAGAAAUAUAGAGCUGAGUAUCAUCAGCGUAACAGUGAAAACUAACACCAUGCUUCCUAAUGAUAUCUCCCAAGGGUAGCAUGUACAGAGUGAACAGCAACGGUCCUAGUACUGAGCCUUGCGGUACUAUUGAACUUGUUAUCGAUAUGACAUCUCUUCAUUUACUACUACGAACUGAUAACGGUCAGAUAAGUAUGAUUUGAACCAUGACAGUGCAAUUCCACUAAUGCCAACAUAAUUUUCGAGUCUAUUUAAAAGAAUAUUGUGAUCAAUAGUGUCAAAUGCAGCACUAAGAUCCAGUAACACUAAUAGAGAUAUACAACCACGAUCUGAUGAUAAGAGCAAAUCAUUAGUAACUCUAAUGAGAGCAGUCUCAGUACUAUGGUACGGUCUAAAUCCUGACUGGAAAUCCUCACAGAUACUAUUUCUUUCUAAAAAGGAACAUAGUUGUGAUGAUACUGCCUUUUCUAGUAUUUUUGACAGAAAAGUGAGAUUUGAGAUCGGCCUGUAAUUGACUAAUUCUCUAGGAUCAAAUUGUGGUUUUUUAAUAAGAGGCUUAAUAAUAGCCAGCUUAAAAGUUUUCGGUACGUAUCCUAGUGAUAAAAGAUGAAUUAACGAUAUUAAGAGGAUCUAUGACCUCUGGAAGCAUCUCUUUCAAUAGCUUAGUCGGUAUAGGGUCUAACAUACAUGUUGUUGAUUUUAAUGAUUUAACAAGUUUAGACAAUUCUUCCUCUCCUAAAACAGUAAAUGAAUUAAUUUUUCCUCAGGGACACUACAAUGCACUGUCUGACGCGAUACUGUAGUAGACGGUUGCAUGGUUAUAAUUUUCUCUCUAAUAUUGUCAAUCUUGCAAGUAAAGAAGUUCAUAAAGUCAUUACUGCUGUGCUCUUUGGAAAUAUCAGAAGUUGAAGCUUUAUUUCUUGUUAAUUUAGCCACUGUAUCAAAUAAAUACCUAGGGUUGUGCUUAUUUUCUUCUAAAAGUUUUGAAAAAUAGGCAGAUCUAGCAGUUUUUAAGGCCUUUCUGUACUCAAUCAUUCUCUCUCUCCACGAAAUGCGAAAAACUUCUAGUUUUGUUUUCUUCCAGCUGCGCUCCAUUUUUCUGGCUGCUACCUUUAGGGCCCGAGUGUGCUCAUUGUACCACGGCAUUGGAUUAAUUUCCUUAAUCUUUUUUAAACGCAAAGGAGCAACUGAGUCUAAUGUGCUGGAAAAGACAGAGGCAAUAGUUUCUGUUGCAACAUCAAGGUCUUCUAAGCUAUCUGGUAUGCUAAGGCAAUGAAACUGAUCAGGAAGAUCAGCAAAUUCUUUGAUAAAGUCUGUAUGGUGUCCUGGUGGCCUGUAUACAGUAGCCAGCACAAAUGUCAACUUACAUAAUGUUACAUAAAGUACCAUCACUUCGAAAGGAAUUUUUUUCGAAAGACUUUUGACUAAUACUGUAAACCUUUGACUUUCUGACGAGGAUUGUGUCGAUAAUAAUAACCUUGAGGGCUAGACUCAUUUAAAGUAAUGUAAUCGUCUGAUUUUAGCCAAUUUUCUGUCAAACACAGCAAAUCCAGAUUAUUGUCUGUGAUAAUAUUAUUUACAAUAAGUGCUUUUGAAGAAGGGGAUCUAAUAUUUAACAACCCAAGCUUUAUCAUUUGUUUAUCAGUAUUAUCUCUAUUUUUUUAUUUGUUGAACAUCAAUUAAAUUUUUACCAUUAAAUGGGUUUGGAAGAUUUUUGUUUUUACUAAUUCGGGGUACAGACACAGUCUCUAUGUGAUAAUAUCUAGGUGUAAGAGUUUCUAUGUGUUGGGAAUUAUCUGACUUCUGUAAUGUGAGGCAGCUAGCAGACGGUCGGUUUAGCCAGUAUGUCUGCUUCCUGACCUGGACCCCAGUUUGUCAUGUUUCAGCUCUAAGAAUAUGUGCCAUAUUACUAGAGAGAAGAGCAGCACCAUCCCAGGAGGGAUGAAUACCAUCUCUUUUCAACAGGUCAGGUCUCCCCCAAAAACUUUUCCAAUUGUCUAUGAAACCUAUAUUAUUCUGCGGACACCACUUAGACAUCCAGCCAUUGAGUGAUGAUAAUCUGCUAACUAUCUCAUCACUCCGACGAACAGGAAGGGGACCAGAGCAGAUUAUUUUUCCUGACAUUGUACUUGCGAGUUCACACACCUCUUUAAUGUUAAUUUUAGUGAUCUCCGACUGGCGAAGUCGAACAUCAUUAGUGCCGACGUGAAUAAUGAUUUUAGAGUACUUACGAUUAGCAUUAGCCAGCACUUUUAAAUUUGCUUUGAUGUCAGGUGCUCUGGCUCCCGGCAAACAUGUGACUAUGGUGGCUGGUGUCUCUAUUUUCACAUUCUGUGUAAUAGAAUCGCCAAUAACUAGGGCACUUUCAACAGGAUUCUCAGUGGGUGUAUCACUGAGUGGGGAGAACCUGUUUGAUGUUCUUAUUGGAAAGGAAGAGUGGUGUUUUUCACGGCUAGGCCGCCUCAUCGUUACCCAAGUGCCCUGCUGCGCGGGCUCUACAGCUGGAACCGAACAAUGUACAGAGUUCACUAAGCUAGUCGCAUCCAAAACAGUAUCUGAAGCCCUUACAUUCUUACUAUCCUCAAUUAAAGUUUGGAUACGUGUCUCUAAUUCUGAGAUUUUCUCUGUCAGCCUGACUAUUUCCCUACAUUUAUGACAUGUAAAUCCCUCGUCGCUGACAGAGAAAGCUAUACUGAACAUGUGGCAAACAGAACACGAUAUAACACUAGGAGAGGAUGACAUGACUCACUGUGUUUGUAGACUGAUCCGACUUACCACAGCUGUAUGAUGAACGCGUUGAAAAGAAAAUGAGCGCGCGAGAGACUGAUGACAAGUUAACCAGCUAGCGAGAUGCAAACGCGUUGUAAUAGCGAUUUAGAUUCAAAGAUUAAAAGUUAGCGACGUCAGAUUAAUGUGGUAGGCAAUAUUAUAUAUAAGGUAAUGAUAAUAUAAGCAACAAUGAAUGAAAGUAAGAGAUUCAAAAUAAAGCUAUACAGAGUUACAGACGCAAACCACUCUGAGCAGCGAGGAGCAAUCGAUCCUUUACUGCCAACACUGGAAACUGGAUAAUGCAGACCAUCAGUCUGACACCCUACAUUACAAGCACCAAGCCAGACGCUGUUCCCCCAUGAGGAUGCGUCACAUUUACCAUGUUCUAGCAAGCCAAUAUGACCCCCUCGGUUAUAUCAUCCCUUAUACUACCAAAGCCAAGAUACUGGUACAGCGUCUGUGGGAUAAGAAGCGCAACUGGGAUGACCCCCAGUUGCCUGAGGAAUUGCUUACCUUGUGGUUUGAGUGGGAAAAGGAGUUGAGUGGUCUAGAGGAGAUAUCUCAGCUCAGGUGUUACUUCAGCUCACAGAUGGAUCACCCUUCCUGUAGACAUGAGACCCAUGUGUUCUGUGUUGCGGUGGAGUAGGCAUAUGGGUCAGUGGCUUACCUGCAGACAGAGGACAGCAAGAGUUAGACCCGCUUAGAGUUGUGUGCCACUCUCAAUGGAGCACAGCUUUUCCAGCUCCUGACUACAGAGCUUACGAUUCCCAUUCACUUCUCUAUGCUUUGGUCAGACUGUAUACCACUGUGCUCACAUGGCUAACCUCCAGCUCAUGUCGUUAUGAACACGGGUGGCAGAGAUCCAAGAGAUGACAGCAUCAGCCACCUGGCGCUACGUCAGAUCCGCAGACAACCCACCGGACGAUAUCACUCGUGGCAAGUAUCUUCCAGAUUUCUCCGGAGGGAGGCAGUGGAGCCAGGGACCGGAAUUCCUUAAACUGCCACCAGAUAGUUGGCCCACACAGCCCCUCUUGCCGCUUGAAGAGCUGAGCUGUGAAUUGAGACAGUCAGUCUUUUCUGGGUUAGUGACGACAACUGCACCCCCACUUAAGCCAAAGCACUACAACAAGCUGUCCGAGUACCUGAACGCCUUUGGGCAGGAGCUUCACGGGGCAGCCUACACCUCCAGUGCUGAGCACCAGAGAGUCGUUCAACAAGCAGUCCUCUGUCAAGCUCAAGCCGAGUCUUUUCCCACCGAGCUGAGGCUUCUGAAGUCAGGCAAACCAGUGACUGAUUCGAGUAGGAGGACGUCUACGCCACUGUGAAGUACUCCAGUUGCCCUCAACCCCUGACCACCGAGCUAAUAAUCAAGGAUUAUGAUGAGAGGCUGCAUCAUCCCGGUACAGAGCGUCAGAAGAAUGAGAUCAGAAGAAUGUACUGGAUAUUGAAAGGCCGUGAAGCUGUCCGCUGACACCAGUGCGGAGUACAAGAAAUGGAGAGGCCACCCAGAAGUGGCUGAGCUACCCCUUACCAGACUGGACUGACUGGUAAUGGACUGUUUUGACCCCUUCCUAAUUAAGAUUAGUCGUCGUAAUGAGAAGAGAUGGGGCAUAGUCUUUAAGUGUAUGACCACCAGGGCAGCCCAUCUCGACCUUCUCACCAGUAUUGACUCAUUCCUGAUGGCCCUACGACGGUUCAUUGCCUGACGAGCAUAGCUCUCAUUGUAGCAUCUCAUUUGUGCGCAGCUUUCAUUGUUCUGGAAUCUGUCCUCCGUAAAAUGUGCAGGGCACAAACAAACGUUGGGGUUAUAAUGUUCAGAAACAGUGUUUAAAAUAAAUUUUAACCACACUAUGCUUGUCUGCCUUUGGACAAACUUUUUCCUGGGUGAAAAAAACAGCAACAACACUCUUCAUCUUCUUUAGCGCAGCUCAACCGGGCCUCAUCCCCUUUUUUGCGAAUUCCGUGGGCAGAGAUUAUUUAAAUGAGUAACAUUUUGACUUCACAAGAUCUGGAAAAAACACGUUGUAGUCCAAAUGAGUCGUUCGUUGUAGUUCUUGAAAAGUGGAUUCUGGUAAAUAAAAUAUCUUCCUUCAGAGUGGACUUUGAGCUUUGUAACUGUUACGGAAUACAGACUCAGAGAAAUGCAGUUAACGGUGAGCUUUAUUGACAACACAGAGCAGAUUGGAGGAUACGGGUGACUAUGCAGUUCAAAAUGACUUUGCAGAAUGAGAAUGGCUUGGUAAUAGAAACUUUCCUUGUCUUACAGGUGCAGGAGAUCGUGGAUGGCUGAACGGAUGGCUGGAUGGAUGCACACACCUCGUCGUGUUUGGUGAGUAUAGUGGUAAUGGUCUUUUGCAGGUUGUUGACUGGAGAACACAUGAGACACAAGAGAGAGGAAGACGCUGGAAUACAAACGCAAAUCACUGGAGAUAAUCACUGGAGUAAAUGCUGGAGAAAAGAUAAGUACUCCACUUCGUAUGAACGAGACCGGACAAGCUGCAGGUGUGUGUGAUUUAGUACUCUGGUGAGGGUGUGUGCUGUGAUUGGCCGGGAUGAGAGCCUGACAGAUCCGUGACAGUACCCCAACCCAGCCAACCUCUUCCACGAGGAGCAGGAUGAUCUGGGUGAGAAGUGUGGAUGGUAGCAAGCAGUCACUUCCCACUGAAGCUGAUGGUGAGCUGCAUCCCAGACCCUCUCGUUCUCUCUGAACCAGUGGUCGACAGAUGGGACAUCAGAUGGUUCUCCAGACCAUGGGAACAAGGGUGGCUGGUAAAUGAGUACAUGCUGGAAGGGCAUGAGUCCAGUGGCAGGCUGACGGAGAGAGUUCUGCGCAUACUCUGGCCAGCCCAGGAACUGGUUCCAGGAAUUCUGGUGGCCAUGGCAGAAGGUUUGUAGGAUGCAUACAGGCUCCUGGAUCUUUCUCUCCAUCUGCCCGUUCGACUGGGGAUGGUAAACUGAGGAGAGACUUAUGGUCACACCUAGUAGGGUAAAAAAGGCCUUCCAUUCCUUGGAAAUUAAUUGGGGCCCACAAUCCAACACAAUAUAUUGUGGAAUUCCGAAUUAUCUGAAGACAUGAUUGAAGAGAAGUUCAGCAGUUUCAAUAGCCGUAGGGAGUCCCUUGAGAGGAAGCAGAUGACAUGACUUUGAAAAUUUGAAAAUGAGCAAUGACAACCAGAAAAUGUGUUUCCAUCAGAGGGAGGUAAGUCCGUGAUGAUGUCCACUCCUAGGUGUGACCAUGGCCGAUUAGGAACGGGCAGCAGAUGGACUUUGCCAGUUGGUAGAUGAUGAGGGCUCCUUGAGAUGGUGCAGUCAGAGCAGCCUUGAAUGAACCUUCUCACAUCCCUGGCCAUGCUGGUCCACCAGAAGCGGCCUUUUAACAGCGAGAGGGUGUUAUUGGCCCCUGAGUGGCCAGUGCCAAGAGAUGAGUGCACAAGAGUGGAUGAGUAGAGUGCGUUGUGAUCUGGGAACAUACUGAAGCUCAGGUGGACAGCCCGGUGGAGUAGCUGCGGAGGCAUUGGAGGAGGUGGCUGACUCUGGGGACCAUUGGAUGGGACUCACAAUCAUGCUAGUGGACAGGAUGGGUUCAGGUUCUUAGCUGAGAAAUGGAGAAGUUAAAUUGGGUAAAAAACAGAGCCCAACCAGCCUGGCGAGGAUUUAAUCUCUUAGCUUCUCAAAUAUUCAAGGUUCUUGUGGUCAGUCAACACAGUGAAAGGAUGUUUUGCACCCUCCAACCAAUGCCUCCACUCCUGAAGGGCUAACUUGAUGGCAAGGAGCUCCUGGUUGCCGAUGUUGUAGUUUCUCUCCACUGGGGUGAACUUCUUGGAAAAGGCGCAUUAAUGGAGUUUGGCUGGAAUCCCCUGCUGGUGAGACAGCACUGCUCCUACCCUGGUGGUGGAUGCAUUCAUUUCCACAAUGAAAAGUUUGUUGGGGUCAAGAUGGAUAAAGAGCGUUGCACUGGUGAAGGCCUCUUUGAGUUGUUGGAAUGCUUUGGUGGCAGAUGGUGACCAGGACAGAGACUUGGGCUUGUUCUUCAGCAGAUUGGUUGAGUGACUAGUGAUGGAGCUGUAAUCUUGGAUGAACCGUUGGUAGAAAUUCAAAAAUCCUAGGAAGCUCUUUGAGCUCAUUGAUGGUGGUUGGGAUGGGCCAGUUCUUAACGGCUUCCACCUUCCCCUUGUCCAUUUGGAUACCAUGUUUGCUGAUGUUGUAUCCAAGGAACUGCACUAAGGAUUGAUGGAAAGAGCACUUCUCAGCUUUGAGGAAAAGAUGGAACUCUCUCAGGUGUUUCAGGACCUCCGUAACAUGCUGCCAAUGUUCGGCCAUGCUCUGGGAGUAGACGAGGAUAUCAUCUAUGUAGACAAGCACAAAUCAAUGGAAAAAUUUCUGGAGCGCAUCAUGCAUAAAGUCCUGGAAUAUGGAGGGGGCAUUGACCAAUCCAUACAGCAUCAGAAGAUAUUCAUAGUGGCCUGUAAGUGUCACAAAUGCUGUUUUCUGCUCAUCUCCCUCACGUAUCCGGCUGAGGUUGUAAGUGCUGCGGAGGUCCAACUUGGUAAAGAGUGGCUCCAUGGAGAUGUUCUAAUGCCGCUGGUGCGAGGGGAAGUGGAUAACAAAACUUUACUGUCAUCUUGUUAAGAGCACGAUAAUCACUGGAGAAGGAAUCCAUUACAAUCCUCUGCCGAGCCAGAGUAGGGCACUGGUUUGGCCAUGGAACUGGCAACAAUUGUUGGUGAAGAAGUGGUGGUGGUGGUGAUGGAAGUGGAAGCAGACACUGAGGUGGUGAGAAUACUCCGAAGGGAAUCCACAAUGUCCUGGAACGGGUCAGAGGUGCUCAUGAUGCAGUUGAUUCCUUUAGGGUCCGGUCUUCUGUUACGGAAUGCAGACACAGAGAAAUGCAGUUAACGGUGAGCUUUAUUGACAGCACAGAGCAGAUUGGAGAAUACAGGUGAGUACGCAGUUCAAAAAGACCUUUCCUUGUCUUACAGGCGCAGGAGAUCGUGGAUGGCUGAAUGGAUGGCUGGAUGGAUGCACACACCUCGUCAUGCUUGGUGAGUAUGGUGGUAAUGGUCUUUUGCAGGUUGUUGACUGGAGAACACAGGAGACACAAGGGAGAGUAAGACGCUGGAGUACAAAUGCUAGAGGUAAUCGCUGGAGGUAAUUCCUGGAUAUAAUCACUGGAGGUAAUCGCUGGAGGUAACUGCUGGAGGUAAUCGCUGGAGGUAAUCGCUGGAGAUAUUCACUGGAGAUAAUCACUGGAGAUAAUCACUGGAGAACAGGUAAGUAGUCCACUUCAUAUGAACGAGACCAGACAAUGAUGGUGGACAAGUUGUGCGAUUAUGUAGCACUCCUGAUGAUCAUGCAGAUAAGGUGCAGGUGUGUAUGAUUAGUACUCUGGUGAGGGUGUGCAUUGUGAUUGGCUGGGGUGAGAGCCUGGCAGAUCGGUGACAGUAACCUUGUAGAUCUUUUUUAGUCUCAAACAGCAACAUUACAGACUAACUAAAGUUUAAAAAGUGAAAAAGCAUAAUAGGACCCCUUUAAAAGCUAAUGAAAUUAAAUGUCCAAUUUCGCCUGAUAUGGAUUAAAAAAAAACAAAAAAAACUUGAUAACCGUUAUGGUAACGAUAUAUCACAUCAUGUUAGUGUUCACUAUUUAAAUCACACAUAUUUCAAAUGUGGGUGCAUUUAUUAUGAAAUUCUCUGUAUUUUGUGUCUCAGGCCAGCUAACCUGCUGUAUUAGAUGCCCUGUGGCAUAUCACGCCAACGAUUACUGCGUACCUGCUGGGAGUGUCACGCUCACCGACAGCAACAUAGUGUGUCCCAAACACUUCACACCAAGAAAAGGCUGCCGCAACCACGAGCAUGUCAAUGUCAGCUGGUGCUUCGUCUGCUCAGAAGGAGGUAGUCUGCUGUGUUGUGAGUCAUGUCCUGCAGCAUUUCACAGAGAGUGUCUGAACAUCGACAUGCCAGAAGGAAGCUGGUACUGCAACGACUGUCGUGCUGGAAAGAAACCACACUACAAGGAAGUAGUGUGGGUGAAAGUGGGCCGCUACAGAUGGUGGCCGGCGGAAGUUAGCAAUCCCAAAAACAUUCCUGAGAAUAUCCUCCGCAUGAGACAUGAUGUUGGAGAGUUCCCAGUUCUUUUCUUCGGCUCUAACGACUACCUGUGGACUUACCAAGCCCGUGUUUUCCCUUACAUGGAGGGUGAUGCCAAUAGUAAAGAGAAAAUGGGAAAGGGAGUUGACUCUACCUAUAAGAAAGCUUUGGAAGAAGCUGCACUAAGGUUCAAAGAACUGCAGGCUGAGAAAGAACUGCGGCAGCUCCAGGAGGACCGACGAAAUGACAAGAAACCUCCACCAUACAAACAUAUUAAGGUGAACAAACCAAUUGGCAAAGUGCUGAUCAUCUCGGCAGACCUUUCGGAGAUUCCCCGCUGCAACUGCAAAGCAUCAGACGAGAACCCCUGCGGUAUGGAUUCAGAGUGCAUCAAUCGUAUGCUGCUGUACGAAUGUCAUCCACAGGUUUGUCCCGCAGGCGAGCACUGCCAGAACCAGUGCUUCACCAAACGGCAGUACUGCCAGGUGGAGAUCUUCAGGACACUCUCUCGAGGCUGGGGGCUGCGCUGUGUGCACGACAUCAAAAAGGGAGGAUUUGUUAACGAAUAUGUUGGAGAGGUGAUUGACGAGGAAGAAUGCCGUGCCCGGAUUAAACAUGCUCAGGAGAACAAUAUCGGCAAUUUCUACAUGCUUACGUUGGACAAAGAUCGAAUUAUUGAUGCCGGGCCCAAGGGAAAUGAAGCCCGUUUUAUGAACCACAGUUGCCAGCCAAACUGCGAGACCCAAAAAUGGACGGUCAAUGGAGACACACGUGUUGGGCUUUUUGCACUUACUGAUAUCCCUGCUGGCACAGAGUUAACAUUCAACUAUAACCUUGAGUGUCUGGGCAAUGGAAAGACAGUGUGCAAGUGUGGUGCAUCUAACUGCAGUGGAUUCCUGGGAGUAAGGCCAAAAAACAACCCCCCAUCAGACGACAAAGGCCGUAAGCUGAAGAAGAAGUCCCAGAUGAAGCGCAAAUCCCAGCAGGAAGUAAUCAAGGAGCGGGAGGAUGAGUGCUUUAGUUGUGGAGAUGGAGGCCAGAUUGUGUCCUGCAAGAGGCCAGGCUGUCCUAAGGUUUACCAUGCCGACUGCCUCAAUCUCACCAAGAGACCUGCAGGCCGUUGGGAGUGUCCAUGGCAUCAGUGUGACUUGUGUGGACAGGAAGCAGCUUCCUUCUGUGAGAUGUGCCCUAGUUCCUAUUGUGUUGAACAUCGGGACGGCAUGCUUUUCAUAUCCAAACUGGAUGGGCGAUUGUCAUGCAGCGAGCAUGACCCCUGCGGCCCCGAGCCCCUGGAGCCUGGCGAGAUCCGGGAAUACCCCGCAGAACUCGUGACAACGUACCCUAUAAACCUCAUCAGAGCUGCCAAAACCAAAACCACAACCCUAAACACUACGGCUGUCCCGCAGGCUCCCUCUCCUCCUGAUAUAGCCCCUCAGGUCUCCUUUAGCCCCCCCAGUAGCCCUCUACCACUUAACAUCUCUUUAAACUGUGCAUAUUCACCCAUUUCUCCCUAUGGAGAAGAAAAAGAAGAAGAGGAAGACAGUUUGACACGUUUAGAAAUGGAUGGUGAGAAGAGCGCAUCUCAAGAUAAUUCAGAACGACUGAGGAUAAAGAAGAAAACCGAAGUAUGAAGGUUUAAUCUACUGACUAUCGAAGCAAACUGACCUGGGGUUUAAAUUUCCCAACAGACCUCUUUUUAGCCAUGUUCUUAUUUUCUCACACUACUUUCACUGAGGGUGUCUGGUGUAAUUUGAGUUCCAAUCACUACAACUUAGUUGAAGAUGGUACUCAAAAUGGUUUGCAUCUCCUUCUGUUAUCUCUUGCAGAUUUUAUGAGGUUGAUUUUAACGGCACCGAGGAAGAUGACAAUGCUUACGAAAAAAGAUUCAAACGAUGAUUGAACAGUAUCCACUUCAUACAAUGCCAUCAACAGUUACAACAUCAUGGGACAUCAUGAGAUUUUGGCCAUCUUAUUGUUUCUUGCUACACCUGGCACUAUGCUGAGCAUCACAAAAAAGCAACAAUGAAGAGAAUGAAGAUACUACAAGUAUUGAGGAAAGGGACUAUAUUUUUCCAUGGAAAUGCCAUUGCCUUCUUCAUUGAGUCAAAUAAUGAUGACUAUAAAUAAUAAGUACCAUUACCAAAACUCAUUUGCUCUGUGAGCAAAUGGUACAAAACCUAAGCUUAUGUUAAAUUUUACUAUUGAAUAAGUGGUUGAAAUAUUCAAGUCCAAAGUAUACUUUGGUUUUUAUAAACAAAUGCUAUAUGCAUACAGUGCGUGUGACGUAAAUUUCAUCAUCAGCCCGACUUUUGUAACCGCGUGUACUUAAUUUGCGCUAAUAAUCUGGUAAGCAAAGUAGCAACACUGGGCUGAACUGUUUGAAAAUAAAAAAGAAACAUAAGAGAUCGAACAACAAACUACUGACGACCACAUUAACAACAGAAAUGCACAUUGAUGAGCGAUUGUGCGAGAAGGUUAAGAGAUAUCACAACAAAACAGCACAGACAUUAGAUAAAGAUGAAAAUGUCUAAUGAAUGUGUCAAUCGCUUAUGUUGGCAUAUGCUAUCAAAUUGACUAUACUUUGAAAGGCUAUGUGUUUAGCUGUACGCAUAUGAUAAGCAUCUGCAUUAAAACUGAAAUAUACUUUGGUGACAAUAAUUAAUAAAAUUAAAAUAUCAGUGUCUUGAUCCUGUAUUUUUUCCACAUCGUAUUAUAGAGCCUGCUGUUAAAAUGACUUCAAGUCUCGGUUUGUUGAAGCACUUUUGUAUAAUAAUCCAAAAUUCACCUGCUAACAUGUUUAAACAAAGGCAAGAAUGCUUGUAAUUUAUUUUAGAUAAUUUAGGAAAUUUCCCAGAAAUGUCUCCGAAUUAAUCUUAGCCAAACUGUCACAAAAUUUUCUGGUGUAAAUUGUGCUGUAAAUUUAAAGGUGAACAGUGUGAUUUUUUUAAACACUUGUGACAUCCAACAGUUACAAAACAUUCAAACAAACAGGAAGUUCUGUCCCAACUCAGUGGUUGAGCCAGAAGUUUAAAUGUUGGCUGCUCAACCAGAGCAAACUUAUUAAAGCGCAACUAUGAGUUCUAGCUAGAUAAAAAUAUGAGCUGUUCUAUCCUGUUGUAUGUUUUUAUACAUUUAAGCCAAAAGGGAGAAAGUAACAGACUUCGCAAUUCUGAUAAUGAAACACUCCCAGUCAAGUAUUUGUCAUUUGGUGACUUCAUGUUAAAUCCACAUACAGUUUGAACUGAGACUGCUCGUUUUACAAAUGUAAAACACUAGAAGACAAGUUCUCUAUCAUCAUUUGUAAAGCUAAUGUAUUGGACAAAUGAUAUUGGCCUGUUGCAUGUCUACACUCCUGAAUUCCCUCUUCUGGUUUUCCUGACCCCCAUCUAACUGAUCAAGUGUUCAUGUUGAACAACAUUUCAGUUUUUUUAUUUUUUUUACUGUAUUCAUGUAUAGCAAUGUCAACUUAAUAGUUUUCAUGCUGCUCCUAGAGUCAUUCCACUUCAGUAUAUUUCAGACAAAUUAUCAAGCAAAAGGGGAAAAAAAAUAUCUGUUGCCUUGUCAGAGAUUUUAAUUGUGCAGUAGUGCUUUGUACAGAAUAAACAACAGUACGCACUUCUUG